GUGGUAUGCGGAAGACGGCUGAUCGCGCCUACACGCUCCUCGAGAACCUGCAAAUCUCGGAUUCGGACAUGAAUGGCAUCCUCAAGCUGUAUCUCGCCACGUCUCCUCCGGAUGCCUGGGCGACCGCUUGCCAAUGGCUUCUGGCCAACGAGGCGCUGUGGAGCGGCUGGGUCCCAGAUGAGCGUACAUGCUUGGAGGGAAAGGGCCUGGUCGACCUGAACGGCAAUUUCGUCGAUGCGAAAGUCGCAGCGGUUGGCUGCACAACCUGCCCUGUGGGCUAUUUUUCCGAAGAAAUUGCUGACAUCACCGGCACCACUCGCAAAUGUUCCCCGUGCCCCCUGGGGACCAGCCAGCC